ACCGGAGCCCUAGUGAAGAAGCUCUGCUCUUUCAGGGCCAAGAAGCUGUGCUUAACCAUGCUGUGCACUACGGUGAACGUGGAAGAUGGUCGCACUUGUGAAGAUUUGUUAAAGGCUGAGGGCAGACUGCAGGAAACACUGAAUGGAACCAGUCCUUAACUGUCACCCUGGUCACAGAACACCACGCCCGUGCACAGCACGGCGCACACCGCACUGCAGAGGGACACCCCUGUGGCUGUGAAGUUGCUAUGAAGCACCUGCUGACCUGGCCCUGACUGCGUUAGCUGACAAACGACUAAGCAGGUCUGCCACCGCCUAUGCGCCAGGUCUCGGGAGCGUUCGAGCCCUGGGAACGCCAGUGGGGCUGGAGGAGCCCCCGGAGCGCUCCGCGGCGGAAGCGGCUGGCGCGGUUCCUGGCGGCGGUGGACGUGGGCGGCGUUUCUCCGAUCUCCCUUCCGCCGGAAGCGAGGGCGUCGGGGCCGUGGUGCGAGAGAGACAAAACACAGAACCACCUCAGGAUGUCUGUCAUUCAGCAAGGGACGGCAACACUUCGGAAAGCAAAGAAAACCACUAUAAAAACGUGUCUAGAUAACCCCUUUGUUUUCCAAUGGAAAACCAUAGAUGGAGAAGAUAUGCAUUUUAUACUAGGGACCUUAGAAGAAAGGAUUAAACAUAUUGGACUUAAAAAGAUUGAGAGUCCAAGGUGGAAAAAACGUUCCCUUACAAAAAAGCAAACAGAAAGAAAGUGUGAUGCUGGCACCAAUGAAUUCCCUAAAGAGGAAGCAGAAAGCCACCAACAAAAACCAGGAUGGACUGACAUAAGUAUCAGAAGACAGCUUGCUAUUGGAGUUAAUGAAGUUACAAAAGCAUUGGAAAAGAAUGAACUUCUUCUCUUGCUGGUGUGCAAGUCUGCCAAACCUGCCAUGAUCACGUCGCACCUGAUCGAGCUGAGCGCGAGCCGCGCCACGCCGGCAGGGCAGGUGCCACGGCUCAGCGAGACCGUCGCGCCCCUUCUUGGCUUAACAUCCAUUUUAGCACUGGGCUUCAAAAAGCAGUCUGACAAAUUCACUGAAGCAAUAGCAGCAAUAAUUCCAAAGAUACCAGCUUUGGAAGUGCCGUGGUUUCAGUACAGAACUGAAGAAUCCAUGGCUUAUGCAGAUACAGAUUCUUCAGAAAAUCUGGAACCCGAAGAGCUUGCAGAGGUGCUGGGGGAUAAGCUCACAAGUCAGAAGAGGAAGCAUACGGAAAGCAAUCAGCCUGAUCUUUCAAAUGUAAUUUUGCAGCCUUUGAAAAUCAAGAAAAUUGUCCCAAAUCCCAAUAAGAUAAAGAAACCACCUCGCAAAAAGAAAAAGGCUUUUUCAGCAUAACUGAGUUUGGUUUGUUCUAUUAAACAGAUUUUUAAAUGCAGGAUGGAGUACAAUUCUAACAGUUCUUUUAGGCUUUACAGUGUAAAGGUCUUGAGUACAAGGAGAACUUCAUGUUGUAUUUGGCUGAGGUACUUUCUGCUUUAAUAAAAAAUAUUGCUCAGA